UGUCAAUUCUUUUCUCUUGUUGAGUUGGUGAAGUGAGAGAGAGGGUGUGAUUCUGGUGUAGUGUCAGUAAUGUGAUAAGUAAAUAUAAUUUUUAGUCUUAGAGAUCCUUAUCUCUAUACUGCAAUUUGCAUUAGAUAUUAGAAAAAAACAUGAAGAUUUGGACAUCAGAACACACAUUCAACCAUCCAUGGGAAACAGUUGCUCAAGCAGCAUGGCGAAAAUAUCCUAAUCCUAUGAAUCCAGCCGUCAUAGGGACAGAUGUUGUGGAAAGAAAAGUUGUAGAUGGUGUACUUCAUACUCAUAGAUUAGUCAGUUCCAAAUGGUUUUUUCCACGAUGGGCCCAGGCGCUAAUUGGUACUGCAAAAAUAUGUUAUGCUAGUGAGAUAUCAGAAGUAAACCCAAUACAGCGACAGAUGACUUUAAAAACAACAAACCUAACAUUCUGUCAUUACAUUGCUGUUGAUGAAACUGUACGGUAUACUCCACAUCCUUCAGAUUCCUCAAAAACAUUACUAAAACAAGAAGCUGUAGUCACUGUACAAGGUGUGCCUCUCAGUAGUUACAUGGAAGACCUUUUAACCAACAAAAUUUCUCUAAAUGCUGGCAAAGGAAGGCAAGCUAUAGAAUGGGUUAUAGGGAAGUUUGACACUGAAAUUAAGGAACUUGCAAGUUCAGCCUGUAAAAGUACAGAUGAAUUAUUAUCACAAACAAAGAAGUCAAUUGAUGACAUCACAACAUCAGCAAGAAGAUCAAUGGAUGAUAUCUCAUCUAAAGCAAAAAGCACACUUGAUGAUAUAGAAAAAUUAACUAAAGCUAAUGCCAACCAGAGGAGCUGAAAAGAGGAGUAAUAUGCAUGCCUCUGCAAUACAUAUAUCGAAAACGGACUGCACUAAUGACCUGCCAUGUUCAUUUGUGUCCCAGUUUAUUCAUCAUUGACAUGAUUUAUUUAAUAACAAUAAAUGUAGUAGCAUAAUUUAGUGUCCUUAGUCUUUUUCUUUAAUCAAGCAAGGGAUUCAUGGAUGAAACCAAUCCCAUUUUUCAAUGGUUCAUGGUUCCAUGGUUCCAAUCUUAAAGCAUUAUGGCUGUAUAGGCUUUAAUCAACUAUUUAUGAUAAUUACAAAUAAGAGGCAUUGCUCUCUUAUGUAUAAUAAUGUAAAUUAAUGCCUCAACAUAAUAAUUUGAUAAAUGUGAAUUAGAUAAUUAUUGUGUACUCUGUUGUGGAAAUAUCUAGCACAAAGGUUGGCAAAUAAUUUCAAGCGGGGUCAAUGUAGCUACAAAUGAUUCAGUGAGCGAGUCCAAAAUAAAAAUUGUAUGGCCAAAAAGAAAUACGAUCAAUAAAAACUGUAUAGCAAUCUGUGUUGAUGUUUUUCACUAUCUUCCCAAAAUUGUAUGAAUGCUCCUAACAAAUGAAAACAAAAUCUAUCAAGAAAGAGAGAAGCUUUGAAGAUACGUGUUUUAUGUUAGACUUGAAGAACUCUUUUCAUUGUUUUAAAUUUGGAGACAACGUAACAAACUAUUGAUUUGAUUGAUAGAUUUGACGAGGUCAUUACAGGAUAAAAAGCAUUUAUCUUAAAACCAGUGGUACUCACCCAAACAAGUUGGCUGACUAACUGAUAAGAACAGAGAUCUCAGGAUAAAUGUCCUCUAGUCCUUUAAAAUAAGAGGACAAUAAUUUGUGAAAGACGCUUUAAACUGCUUAUUUAAUGUUAUGAUGGGCUUUUACAGCAAUAAAUAUUUGAGAGAAUAA